AAGUGUUAGUACAUCCUCAGUCUUGUGUCGACAAAAAACAUGUUACCAACAAAGCUAUGAGUGGCUUCUUGCUGUACAUAGAAGUCGUCGACGAGCCAGAUAUCCGUGGAUUCCUAGGGAACCUGCCACAUCUUGUGUUGUCAAUGGGUUAGUCAAAGAAAUCCCAGAAAUGCGAGUAGAAUUCGUUGUGCCAGAAAACUUGGAGUCCUGCGACUUGAAGCCAUAUGUUGCUUGGCAAGCCGAUGUAAUCCACGAGCCCCCGCUUACCUCAGAAGGUUUGUUUGAACAACGCUACGGUGAUCAAAUCCGGCGACUCCACGAAGAGGGAAAAAGCAGAGAAAUGAUUCUCUCGGAGCUGUAG